UAAAACUUCUUUCCUGAAGCCACUUGAGCUUCCUCUGCGUUUAUAUUUGUGUCAUCUUAUUAUAAGACAAGCUAACAUCUAUUAUUAAUUGAUGCACUAAUUAAAGCCAUACUUGCAGUUUCCAUUAGCUUAUUCCCUAAAUUCUCCAGAGUUGGCUGUCUGGUUUUAAUCAAAACCAAAUGGUAGUCCAAGUUCCCAGCCUGGAGCAGCAAAGAGGAAGUCAUUCAGUGGAGGCACAAGAAAGCAGAAAAGAUAAACAGAUGAUAGUUCACAAAAUUUGUGUCGGGCAAAGGAUGCAGAUACUGUGAGCUGCUUUAGAGACGUGAUUCAGGGACUCUGUCAUGCUCGAUGGAAGCAGUUGCAAGUGGUUAAUGUCAGCAAGACUGUAAUAGGAUCAAGAUGGAGUCUGUCUUCUGCUUUUCCAGCACUGGAUUUUUGUAACUGGAGGAUUCUGACUGAAGGUAAUGCUGCGUAGGACACAAUACAAACUACUUUGAUUCUGCGAAGCCCUCUUGGAAUCGGAGAGAUUUUGAGGAAAGCACUGUUUGCUAGAUUCUUGGGCUUUUACUUGCAGAUCUUCUCAAGAGAAAAUUUAAGACUGCAGCACUUAAAAUUGUGGUGAAAUGACAAAACUGACUCUCUUCUACAAUCAGUGAAUUUGAAGUGAUCUUUCAUCUAGUUCCAUCUCCUUUGGGAUCAUAUGGAAUAUAUCUCUGUAUCUGUUGUUAAACUAUGAUGACAUGUCUGUAGCUAUCAGAAAGAGAAGCUGGGAAGAGCAUGUGACCCAGUGGAUGGGACAGCCUUUUAAUUCUGAUGAUUAUAACAUAGCAUGUCAUCAUGGACUAGUAGCUGACAGUUUGGAGGCAAGUAUGGAAAAAGAUGCAACUGUAAAUGUGGACCGCAAAGAGAAAUGUGUUUCACUACCAGACUGCUGUCAUGGAUCGGAGCUGAGAAAUUUUCCUGAGAGGUCAAUGUGUCACAUUUCAAUGGAAAUAGAUGAAAAUGACAGCCACAAAGGUGAAGAUCAGUUUUUUUCCCUGGAGGCUAGUACAGAAACACUAGUGCAUAUGUCUGAUGAGGAUACUGAUUCAGAUUUAUAUCCUACUGAUAAACAGAUUUUAACUACUCAAGGGCAUCAAACAUCAGACCAACAUAACAUCAGAGGAGCAGGCUUCUUAGUAAAAACAUUGCCCAUCAUGGAAACUAACCAAGAUUCCUACAAUUCCUGCAGAAUGGCUGGGGGAGCUGAUUUAGCACUGGUAGAAGAAAAGGGGGAACGAAGAGGUGUUGAUAUGAUAGGUAAAAGCCUGGAGCUUUGUAAUGAAAUAACCUUAAGUGAAAUUAAAGAUGCAUCUGAAGUAAAUGCAUGUGAUUCUUUGAAUGUGAAAGAUACUGUACCUAAUAAGCAGUUGCUUAAUUCUGCUAUGACUGCUCAGCAAAUAAAGAAACCUGACUUCCCUAAAGAUGAAUAUGAAAGAAACACCUGCAGUAUUGCACAUGAUGAGUUUUUGGCUAUUAGUUAUACACGCAGAGGCCUACCAUUAUUAAAAGCAGAUUCUGGAAGUUGCCUUCUGCAGCCUCCUUCCUGCCCUAGUGGAAUGUCAGCUGAAGAUGGCCUGGACAACAGUGCUUUCUCAGAACACCAAAACAAAAGUUUUACAAAGGUCAGCUGUGGAGAUGACAUGCAGUGUUUACACUUAAAGGAGAGUCUGGCCACCCAAGAACCCACAGACAACCAAGUCAGACUUCGCAAAAGAAAGGAAAUAAAAGAAGAUCGAGAUAGGGCGCGGCUGGACUCCAUGGUUCUGCUAAUUAUGAAACUGGACCAACUCGAUCAGGACAUUGAGAAUGCGCUCAGCACCAGCUCCUCUCCAUCCAGCACACCAACAAACCUGCGGCGGCAUGUUCCUAAUCUGGAGCCAGGAUCUGAGAGUGGAGCAGAUACCACUAUAGUAAAGCAGACACAAAUAAGUUUGUAUUCUAGCACCGAGUCUACUGACCUACCAUCUUCCACCACUACAGUGUCCAGUUCGGGAACCAAACCUAAGGCUAUGGCUGUUCCAGGUAUUUCAGAGAAGGAAAAGGCUGAAAUUGAAGCCAAAGAAGCUUGUGAUUGGCUACGGGCAACAGGUUUCCCUCAGUACGCACAGCUUUAUGAAGAUCUUUUGUUCCCUAUUGAUAUUUCCUUGGUCAAGAGAGAGCACGAUUUUUUGGACAGAGAUGCCAUUGAAGCUUUAUGCAGGCGUCUAAAUACUUUAAACAAAUGUGCGGUGAUGAAACUGGAGAUUAGUCCACACCGGAAGAGAAGUGAAGAUUCAGAUGAGGAUGAACCUUGUGCAAUAAGUGACAAGUGGACUUUCCAGAGGGACAGCAAGAGGUGGUCCCGGCUUGAGGAGUUUGAUGUCUUUUUUCCAAAACAGGACCCAGUCCCGGGGUCCCCAGUGGAUCCCCACCUGCAGAAUGCCCCGAGCCAUGAAAGCAUGCUGACCGACCUCAGCGAGCGCCAGGAGGUGGCUUCAGUCCGCAGCCUCAGCAGCACCAGCAGCCUCCCCACCCAUGUACCCCACAGUGGGGAUGGCGCGACACCCCGCACUAACUCCGUCAUUAGCGUCUGCUCCUCCAGCAACUUUGUAAGCAAUGACGACUCCUUCUGCAGCCUACCCUCUCCCAAGGAACUGUCCAGCUUCAGCUUCAGCUUGAAAGGCCAUGAGAAGAGUGCCAAGUCCAAGACGCGCAGUCUGCUGAAACGCAUGGAGAGUUUAAAGCUAAGGAGCUCUCACCAUAGCAAGCACAAGGCACCCUCCAAGCUGGGGCUGAUCAUCAGUGGGCCCGUUCUGCAGGAGGGGGUGGACGAGGAAAAGCUAAAGCAGUUGAACUGCGUGGAGAUCUCCGCCCUCAACGGCAACCACAUUAAUGUCCCCAUGGUACGAAAGAGGAGCGUUUCCAACUCCACACAGACCAGCAGCAGCAGCAGCCAGUCAGAAACCAGCAGUGCCGUCAGCACACCCAGUCCCGUCACCAGGACCCGGAGCCUCAGUGCCUGCAACAAGCGGGUGGGCAUGUACUUAGAGGGCUUUGACCCGUUCAACCAGUCAACCUUCAACAACGUCGUGGAGCAGAACUUUAAGAACCGAGAGAGCUACCCAGAGGACACUGUGUUCUACAUCCCAGAAGAUCACAAGCCUGGGACCUUCCCCAAGGCCCUCUCCAAUGGCAGUUUCUCUCCCUCAGGGAAUAACAGCUCUGUGAAUUGGAGGACUGGAAGCUUCCAUGGUCCUGGCCACAUCAGCCUGAGGAGGGAAAACAGUGACAGCCCCAAGGAACUAAAGAGACGCAAUUCCUCUAGCUCCAUGACCAGCCGCCUGAGCAUCUACGACAACGUGCCAGGCUCCCUCCUCUACUCCAGUUCAGGUGACUUGGCCGACCUGGAGAACGAGGACAUCUUCCCCGAGCUGGAUGACAUCCUCUACCACGUGAAGGGGAUGCAACGGAUCGUCAACCAAUGGUCGGAGAAGUUUUCAGAUGAGGGAGAUUCUGACUCUGCUCUGGACUCAGUUUCCCCAUGCCCCUCCUCUCCCAAACAGAUCCACCUGGAUGUGGACAAUGACCGGGCCACGCCCAGUGACCUGGACAGCACAGGCAACUCACUGAAUGAACCAGAAGAGCCCUCAGACAUUCCAGAAAGGCGGGAUUCUGGUGUUGGCGCCUCCCUGACAAGGUCCAAUAGGCACAGACUGAGGUGGCACAGUUUCCAGAGCUCUCAUCGGCCGAGCUUGAAUUCUGUAUCACUGCAGAUUAACUGCCAGUCUGUGGCCCAGAUGAACCUACUGCAGAAAUAUUCACUCCUCAAGUUAACUGCGCUGCUGGAGAAAUACACACCUUCUAAUAAACAUGGUUUUAGCUGGGCUGUGCCCAAAUUCAUGAAAAGGAUCAAGGUUCCAGACUACAAGGACCGGAAUGUGUUUGGAGUCCCUCUGACUGUCAAUGUGCAGCGCACAGGUCAGCCCCUGCCCCAGAGCAUUCAGCAGGCCAUGCGCUACCUUCGCAACCAUUGCUUGGAUCAGGUUGGGCUCUUCCGAAAAUCAGGUGUAAAAUCCCGAAUUCAGGCUCUGCGCCAAAUGAAUGAAAGCGCCAUAGAUUGUGUCAACUAUGAGGGACAGUCUGCUUAUGAUGUGGCUGACAUGUUGAAGCAGUAUUUUCGAGAUCUUCCUGAGCCACUAAUGACAAACAAACUCUCAGAAACCUUCCUCCAGAUCUACCAAUAUGUGCCCAAGGACCAACGCCUUCAGGCCAUCAAGGCCGCCAUUAUGCUCCUGCCUGAUGAAAAUCGGGAGGUUCUGCAGACACUCCUUUAUUUCCUGAGCGAUGUCACAGCCGCAGUGAAAGAGAACCAGAUGACUCCAACCAACCUGGCCGUGUGCUUAGCGCCUUCCCUCUUCCACCUCAACACUCUGAAGAGAGAGAAUUCUUCUCCGAGGGUAAUGCAGAGAAAACAAAGCUUGGGCAAACCAGAUCAGAAGGAUUUGAAUGAAAACCUCGCUGCCACUCAAGGGCUGGCCCACAUGAUUGCAGAAUGCAAGAAGCUUUUCCAGGUUCCCGAAGAAAUGAGCCGAUGUCGGAAUUCCUAUACUGAACAAGAACUGAAGCCCCUCACUCUGGAAGCCUUGGGUCGCCUACAUAAUGACGAAUCAGCGGACUACCAACACUUCCUGCAGGACUGUGUGGACAGCCUGUUUAAAGAAGUCAAAGAGAAGUUUAAAGGCUGGGUCAGCUACUCAACUUCUGAGCAGGCCGAACUGUCCUAUAAGAAGGUGAGUGAAGGACCCCCGCUAAGACUUUGGAGGGCUACCAUCGAAGUCCCUGCUAUGCCUGAGGAAAUCUUAAAGCGCCUGUUGAAAGAGCAACACCUCUGGGAUGUGGACCUACUGGAUUCAAAAGUGAUUGAAACCCUGGACAGCCAAACUGAAAUUUACCAGUAUGUGCUAAACAGCAUGGCACCCCACCCUGCUCGGGACUACGUUGUUUUGAGAACAUGGAGGACUAACUUACCCAAGGGGGCAUGUGCCCUUUUACUCACCUCCGUGGACCACGACCGCGCACCGGUGGUGGGGGUGAGGGUCAACAUGCUCCUAUCCAGGUAUCUGAUCGAACCCUGCGGGACAGGGAAGUCCAAACUCACCUACAUGUGCAGAGCUGACUUACGCGGCCACAUGCCAGAGUGGUACACGAAAUCUUUUGGACAUUUGUGUGCAGCUGAGGUUGUCAAGAUCCGAGACUCUUUCAGUACUCAGAACACUGAAACCAAAGACACCAAAUCUAGGUGAUUCCUGAAGCAACGCCACUCUUGCCACCUCAAGAGGAUGGAUUCUGCAGCAGCAAAACUACAAGGCGGAAUCUAGGAAUGAACUACAGAGAUUUAAUACAUUUUUUUUAAAGCUGCUUCCUGUUUGUUUAAGGUUUAUAUUAUAGACCUUGACUGGAAUUAUAUAAGACUGUGCAAAAGAAAAAUGUAUUCUUAUUCAAAUUGCUUCUGAGAAGCAAAAUUCUAUAAAUACAUUACAGAAGAUAAAUGAAGAGACUCAUUCUCUUGAGAUAUUGGUGUAUGUGUACCUAUGUCAUUUUAUUUGCAGUGUGCUGAGGGACUGGUGUAUCCACUGGAAUAGUUGGUACUCUGACAAGUUUUCUCACUGAGAUGAGCAAAGAAAGGUUUGCACAGAGGAGUGUGUGUAUGUGUGUUUGUUGCUGGUUGAGUGGCAUAGAUGGAGAAGUUGGAAUGCAGUGGCUGGCACACUGAGACGCCUCCAAGAAGGGUAUUGGUGCAUCAGGUUCAGUCUAACCUGGAAUAUCUGACUACCCACAGAUCCAUCCAGAAAGAGAUCCCAACACCAUUGCCCAUUUAUUGUUUUUUCCCAAGUUAUGAAGCAUAUUCCCUCACCACCAACCUCUUCUUUACCUUAAAAAUCGUAAAUAAUACUGGGAUGUCCCAUUUCGAUGCAGUUUGUUGAUAGACCUGAUUGCAAGUAGUAAUGUAGUUUUAACCAGUAUAGGUGAAGUCAAGUAUGUAGAAAGCGAACACUAAAACAUUUGCUCCUGAAUCAAACAUCAAAACUUUACUUCUCAGAAUUCUUUGCAUUUUCAUGCCUAUAACAGUAACUCAAUAAGACACAGUAUGGGAACAUAGGCUACUAUGUGUGUCCCAGGAAAUCCUUGUAAAUUUUAACCCCACCACCACAAAAGUUGUUUGUUGCCAGCAUUGUUUCUGAAAGCUUCACGUUUUAAUUGGAUUUGUCCUUAUCAGCAAAUAGGUUUCUGGUUUUAUGACUAUAUAAAUGUUUUUUCUACAUUUCUUUUUCUUUAUAAGGAUGUCCUUGGAAUAUAUUUUAAUGGCAAUGAAAAUAGUAAUCACAAUUAUGAAGAAAGAAAGGAAGGGAAAACACUAGCACAAUUUUUUGGAAGGGUGGUCUUUAUACAGGUUUUACUGUAAAUGGUAAAGAUUGACUCAAGAGACAGUAUUAGCGAAUUUAUUUUGUAUGGAUCAAAAGUGAGUAAUGUAUGAAUGAGACUUGUAAGAAGGAUUUUUAUUUUGUUAUAAUUUAGUUACCAUUGUCAGUGUUAUUUCAAAGGUUCUUUGAAGAAUGGGGGGGGACAGAUCAGAGUUUUAAAAUUUGAGUAUUUUGGAUAUCAGUGUUCAUGAAAAUAUACUUGUAUAUUCAAUUUAAAUGGCUUUCAGAUUUGUAAAAUUGUAUGUUGUAGAUACCAUUCUAUUAAGAAACAUGUACACAUGUCCACUGUGCUUUCAAACCUAGAUAAAGCAUGAUAAAGAUUAUUAUUUAAAAUAUACUUGUAUUUAUACCUCAGAUAUUCUUUUGGGUUUUGUACCUCAAGGCUUUUUUUUUUUCCUAAUGUAAAUACACUUUACGUGGAUACAGUCUAAGUGAGAGAAAAAAAUAAGAAUAAAAGAAGAGGUUUAUAACUUGCUCUUAUAUCUGUAUAGAAUAUAAUCAAUAAGUGCACUACAAAAUGGUUCAAGUAAGGGAAAAGCCUAACCUGUUUUAAUUUGUAUGGCAUCUCACUCCAUCCUUAACCCACAAAUUGCAAAACAUAUCAUUCUAGCAUCAACUAAAAUAGAAAUUUGCUGAAGGAAGAAUCAGACUGCCAGUCAUUCCAAGGCCCAACUGCGACUGAGCCGUUCACUAACAAACAGGAAACCCUGGUGAAGGUUCAGGAAGCAUGGAGAGUCUAAACAAAGGUCGUGAGGAAACAGUGCUGAGAAAAUUACAAGAAAAAGCAGCAGCAGCAGAAAGAUGCUCUUAAGCAAAGCUAAGUUCAUUGAUUAAUUCCACAAAAGGUCUCCUUCCCACUGUUUAGCUUUCCUAUUGAAAGGAUUCCUUACAUAUUUGACAAUAGGAGAAUUCAAAGGAUAUGAACAUUUUCAAGAACUCUGCUUAAGCUAUCUAAAGUGAUAUUGCCACAACUUACUAAAUUGUAACUAAUUGCCUAGAUUGUAAGCUCUUUGAGGGCAGGGUCUUCUACACAUCUUUAUAAUCCCCCUACAGCAGCUUUCGGUGUUUUGUACUUGUAGGCACCUAAUAAAUUUAUUAUUUGUUAAAUGGAACUGAUUGAAUUAAUUCUGUUAUUUCAGGGAAUCUAGAAUACCAUCUGUCUUAAGCCUUCCUUUGACUCAUCAUGGCCCAUUUGUGAUUGCAGAAACUGGAGAUUGUUAAAUCUAAUGGAAUCUUGAAGUCUAAACUGGAAAAGAUGACAUAGACAUUCUGAGUCGAUGCUAAUUGUAAAGUGAAGAGUUCCCUGUGAUGGAAUGUUAAUCAGUCUCUUUUCACUCUGGCCAUAGAAAAGGGCUAAACCCCAAACUCAAGAUUUUUAAAAAGACACAGACCAAAAAAGCCUUUUGACUUACUUCUGCCUCC